CGCCUGGCGGCUUGCUCGUUCAGUGAGCUUGCAGCUGUCGAGCGUCGCCCUGCUCUCCUUCACUCUCGCUCUCGAUCCCUCGCGCGCGCAUCCUCUUAUUCGCAUCGCGUGUACGCGCGUCGAGAGUACAGUGCGAGCACGCGACCUCGUUCAAGCGAAGCCUGGUCCUCUCGUGUUCAGCCGGGCGCCGUCUUGGUUUCGAUAAGGCAACACAGCAGCAGCCGCAGCCGCAGGAACAGUAGCCGAUUGCUUUGCCGCACAAGAAGAAACGAGCGCCAGUCAUAAGUCCAGAUAACAGCGGCGGCGGCAGACACGCGGCGGUGCAUAAUGAGGAGGGAGGCGGAGGGUAGGAUAGUCGAGUCGGCGGCGACACGUCUCGGCCGAUGAUAGGGUAACGAGUCGAGCAACCAACUCCAUGGCGAGAACGAGCAGAUGAUAUGGAGUCAGGGGACGAGCUGGACGAGGACUCCGUGCCGCCACCGAUGGAUCAGGCAUGCCUCGAGAACAACAACGUCCAGAGCAGCACGGAAACAAUGAAAAUCUCGGCCAUGCCAACGUCCUUGAAGGUGAUGAACAUACAGCAGCAGCGAGUAGUCGGCGGGGGAGUCGAGCAGGAGUCGUGUCGCUGGCAGGAAGAAUCAAAAACGCCCGCAAGCUCGGCCAACAAGAUUGACGCCGACAGGAUACCUACUCGGCUCAAGAGUCAUUCUUGUCACGAGCCUAUACCCGAGGACGAUGAUAUCGAUAUGGAAAAAAUCGGCAGGUACCUAGAAGCGAAUCCAGUACGAGCGGAGGCGUGGAUCCGCGAGAACGCGAGCACUGAGUUGAAGCUGCGCCUGCAAACAUGCUGCCUUGAGCCGACGACGAGGAACAUAACGUCGAAUCUUCAACCCGACGACCCACACAAUCGCGGCAAACGGAACAGCAUUACGUCUGACCUAUUCCAAUCAUGGCUCGCCUCCAACUCGCCCAUCAAACACAGUCGUAGUCCCAGCAGAUCGUCGAGCACGCUGCUGGACCGCAGGGAGGAGCUGACGAGGCUCGGCGAGAACGACCUGUUCAUGGAGCUGAUUCGCGACGUCGCCAACGAGCUGGACAUCAACGUGCUCUGCCACAAGAUCCUCGUGAACGUGAGCCUGCUAACGCACGCGGAUCGCGGUAGCCUGUUCCUGGCCAAAGGCACCGCGGACGACAGGUAUCUGACGGCCAAGCUGUUCGACGUCACGCAGGACACGGAGUUCGAGGAGGCCGUGCAGCGAGCCAGGAGCGAGGAGAUUCGGAUACCCUUCGGCGUCGGCAUCGCCGGAUACGUUGCGCAAACCAAGAAGAUCAUCAACAUCAAGGAUGCUUACAAGGAUCCGCGUUUCAACAGCGAGAUCGACCGGCGCACCGGUUACAAGACGACGUUGAUCCUGUCGAUGCCGAUCUGCAAUUACGAGGGCGACGUGAUCGGCGUCGCGCAGAUAAUCAACAAGACGAAUGACAGCCACGAAUUCACUGAUCACGACGUCGAGAUAUUCCAACGCUACCUGACGUUCUGUGGCAUCGGCAUCCAGAACGCUCAGCUGUUCGAGCUGUCGGUACUGGAGUACCGUCGCAAUCAGAUUUUACUAAACUUGGCGAGGAGCAUCUUCGAGGAACAGAACAACCUCGAGUGCCUCGUUACCAAGAUUAUGACCGAGGCUAAGGAGCUUCUUAAGUGCGAACGCUGCGCUGUCUAUCUGCUUGACCUCGACUGCGGCGAAGCGGGACACUUAGAGAAGAUCGUUCAGAGGCCGGGGAAGUCCAUUCAGGAGUCAAGAAAACCCCUGUCAAGGAGAGAAAGCAACAACAUCGACAUGGAGGACAUACUAGAACAGCAUUCGGGUGAAGACACCAAGUUCACAAUGGUAUUCGAGAUGGAGAAUGGCACACAAGAGGCCAAGAUAUACAGACCAACUACGGGCAACCUUAAGAGUCCGCUGGGGCAAAUAGCGCGCUACGUCGCUGCCACUGGCCAAAUCCUCAAUAUCGGCGACGUUGCUACCUGGUCCAAGCGGCAAGUUUUUCAGGUGGGCAGCGAGCCGACGCGGAGUAUCCUGUGCAUGCCGAUAGUGAACGGGCAGCGCCAGGUGAUCGGAGUGGCCCAGCUGAUAAACAAGGACAACGGUUUCUCCUUCACAGAUUCGGACGUCACCAUAUUCGAAGCAUUCGCCAUAUUUUGCGGCCUGGGCAUUCACAACACUCAGAUGUACGAGUCCGCCUGCAAGCUCAUGGCCAAGCAAAAGGUCGCCCUUGAAUGCCUCAGUUACCACGCGACCGCUUCCAACGACGAUGCACAGAAACUCAUGUCCGACGAGAUCGCCCCAGCCGAGCUGUACAAUCUGUACAGCUUUACCUUCAUUGACUUCGAUCUCACCGACGACGACACAUGCAAAGCCACCAUUCGUAUGUUCAGGACCUGCAAUCUGAUCAACAAGUUUCACAUACCGUACGACGUCCUCUGUAGGUGGAUACUCAGCGUCAAAAAGAAUUACAGACCGGUCAAGUAUCAUAACUGGCGGCACGCGCUCAACGUCGCCCAAACGAUGUUCGCCAUGCUGAAGACCGGCAAGAUGGAACAAUUCAUGACGGACAUCGAGAUACUCGGAUUACUAGUCGCCUGUCUCUGUCACGACCUCGAUCAUCGCGGCACCAAUAACGCCUUCCAGAUGAAAACCGAGUCGCCCCUGGCCAUACUUUACUCCACCAGCACCAUGGAGCAUCAUCACUUUGAUCAGUGCGUGAUGAUUCUCAACUCCGACAGCAACAAUAUCUUUCAAAAUCUGCCGAUGGAGGAUUAUCGUAAAGUGAUGCGAGUCGUCGAGAACUCGAUACUGUCCACCGACCUUGCCGUUUACUUCAAGAAGAAAAACUUUUUCAUGAAGCUCAUCGACGAGGGCGAAUUCGACUGGCAAAGCGAGGAGAAGAAGGAACUGCUGUGCGGUAUGAUGAUGACGGCGUGCGACGUUAGCGCAAUCGCAAAGCCUUGGGAGAUUCAACAUCGAGUCGCCAAGUUGGUGGCGGAUGAAUUCUUCGAUCAGGGUGACCUCGAACGACUGCAACUCAAUCAGCAGCCCGUGGCGAUGAUGGAUCGCGAGAAGAGAGACGAGUUGCCGCAGAUGCAGGUCGACUUCAUCGACUUCAUCUGCCUGCCCCUGUACAAGGUGAUGGCCGAGACCUUCCCUUGGAUGAAACCACUGUAUGAAGGCACUAUGGAGAACCGGCAGCACUGGCAGGACUUGGCGGAGAAGGUUGAGAUGGGACUCACCUGGAUCGAUAGGGACACCAUCGAGGAGCCCGUCGAGGAGUUCGUGUCCAUCGAGCCAAAAGACAUCGAGUUCACGGUCACUACCCUAAACUGCGCUCAAGCGGAUAAAAAGGACGCGCAGCAAUCGCAGGACGGCGUCAAGUCAGCGCUCGGGCGCUUCGCCUCGCUGCGCAAGGGCGGGCGCAGCUUGAGCAAGGGCAUGCGCAGCCGACUGAGUCGGUCGCUCUACUCGCGCAGCAAUUCCGAAGACGCGGCGAGCAGUCCGCCGGCCUGCGCCGGCGCCAGCUGCAGUCAGAAUCCGGAGUCGGGCAAGGGCUCUGCUGCCGCCGCCGCCACCACCGCCAGCAGCAAGGCGCUCGUACCCGAGAGAAAGAGCCGCAACAAGCUGUGCCUGCUCAUAUGACGACUGACCUCGUCGACCCUCGAGAGCAUUCCCGAGUGACGCGACAGAUUACUUCGCAAGCACAACAAAUUUUUUCCCUUUCUUCGCUCCUCCCUCGCCCGCUUUCAUUCGUCCCUUCCCUUUUUUCAUUGCGACCACGACGACGCAAGCUGUUCAAUCAAAAUGAGUAUUAUUAUAAUGCCGCGUGUACAUUGUUAUACAUACAAACAUAGCAUACAUAUAUAUCUUUAUUUUUUCUAAUUCUCCGUUCGUUGUUAUGGAUAUGUAUUUUAUGACAGAUGUUUAUCAGGAUUGAAUCUUGUUUUUUUCUUCCAGCUCUGUUGAUGAAAGGCGCCGGAUGUCUCGAUAAGCACAAGUACAAUUUCCAUAAUUAAUUUUGCAUUGCCCAGCACUUGCAUUUAAUAAUGCGGAUAUUUGAUACGCCAAAUUCAUGAAAGAAUUUGUCUUCGUUCUUUACUCGUAGCCUCACUGUCUAGUCGUGUUAAGUUCUUUUUCAUCUCUUUAUUCGGUUCCUUUCAUUAAUCAAAGUGGAAAAACUAAACAGAAAAAAAACGCGAUCAAUUAUUUGAUGAGAAGCGAAGUAGGAGUCGGACGCUUUUGCCUGAAAUGUUUUCAAAGUUGAUGCAUCAAAAGGCCGCGGAUUGUGAAUUAAACCAUGCGGAAUGGAAUAGAUCUCUUCAAAGUUUUCCUUUUAUUUUUCGGAUUUGAAAUGGAUUAUUAAAUAAGAGUUUGAGUGAUAAUACCGUAUAUACCUGCCGAUGUCCGUUCCAGUACUUAACAAAUCGUGCAAAAUGGAAUUUACAAAAAAUACUUAUAAAACCAGAAAGCAUACGUAAAACAUUCUUAGAUUUUAAAAAGAACUUCGCAUAGCUGAAAAUAUUGAUUAAAUGGGUGGUAUAAUGCCUGAGCUAGUUGAAAAACCAUGAAAAUUGGAUAUUCCAUAGAGAGCUACUGAACUGUCACAGUGGCAACGUUUAUUUUUUGGCAUAACGCAAAAACUUUACCGACACCGUGAAAUCAAAAGUUAUAUAAGAAUACCAGAUUUUCGUCAUUUCAAAGUUUAUAACUAAUAACAAGGUAUAGCGCGCGCUAUUUUUUCGACUUUUUCCAGGAUACCUAUCGAGUGUGAGUGUGCAUCUAACAUAGAGUGUAAGCAAAAAAAAACUAAACUAAUUGUCACAACAAUAAAAGUAAAGCAAAAAAACGUAAGGUAGUAAUAAUUAAAAUAAUGUGGCUGUGCGCUGUAUGUGUGCGCGUGUGUGUGUCAAGAGAAACAAAAACGAAAAUAAAAGUGGACGUAGAAUUCGAAUUUCGACAAUCUAUUUGUAUAAUUUGAAAAAAAAUAUCGUAGGAGAGAGAACUUAUGUGUGUCGAAUAUUAUGUAUUACACAGCCGCCGGCAAAUGAUUACUAUGGACUCGUAGAAUUAUUGCAAUGAAAGUGCGCACAUCAUGCUAUUCGUGAAUGUAAAAUUAACGUGCAAAGGGAACGUAGUUGUACAAUGAAAUUGAGCAAUCAUAAAAAUCAUCUUAACGAGGCAAUCGUUUCUACGCAACCAGAUUGAUUUUUAUGAGAAAAAGCAACAAUGAAAGUACGCAAUACGUAGUUCAAGUUUAUUGUACAAAAUAACAUUCUGCUUGGUCAAUUAAAAAAACACAAAACAGUCGAUGCAAAAGAGAUUUAACAAACAGCCGAUCGAUCGAGUCUUGGUUUACUUUUAGAUGGCAUUAAAACUAAAGAUACAACACUAGGUGCGUGCCACUUGCAGCGAGAGGAGACUCAAUAAAAAAUACAAUUUCGAUGUAAAACUGUCCUUGUCGAUCCCUUAUCCUCGUUGUAUUUUCUAAGAGAAAGUACGCGUAACGAGUUAUUUUUAUCUCUGCAAAACAAAAACAUUAAUAAAAUUGUUUAAAGCUCUUCGUAAGCCUCGAUUUUUCAGACAAAUUCUGUACUAUAACGACGUUGAUAUCUCGUGUAAUUAACGAUAUACGUGUAUAUUUUUAAACAUUCAAUGUGUUUCAGCAAAUUCAUUAUUAUUAAGAUGAGUAAUAAAAGAAAACUUUAGUAUAAUAAUCCCUAUCAUUCCUAACUUGAGCGCUUUGUCAAUUGAUUUUUUUUUCUAUUUUCAUUUACAGGUAUCAACGUCUGUAAAUCAGUAAUGUCCUUUACUUUAUAAGAUUCUUCCACCUUAAAAAAAAA